AGCUCGCUACUGCUUCUCACAGUAUCCCGGACAAGCGCGUCACCGCCUCCCCGAGGAACGAAACAUUUCACAGCGUCGUCAUUACAGCCACCACCUGACUCGCCUCCAAACAGCCUCCGCCCUGGGAGCUGGCUGUCGCAUUAUUUCUUCUGACUGCAACCCGCCGCACGUCCUAUGGCUGCUCUCGCCUCGUCACGGCAGCCUGCGCAAGUCCAACAAUUAACGCCGCCCAGCAGCUCGCACGGCGCAGAAACAUCGUGGGAUUUCGCGGUACCUCUGGACGGUUCGAGGCAGUCAUAUGACCAGGAGGCCUUCAUGGCUGGCCAUCAGGUGUCCGCGUACGGCAAGCCGCACACUUCGCAAGCCAACGGUUUUGUAAAGCCCGUUCGUUCGACAACCUGGGAGUCGCAAGGCACCUACGAAGACGACAGAGGAAACCACCCGCGCGCAAGCUCACUGCACAAGAAGCCGAGUCGAGAUGUGAUUGCCAGCGCCGAGCAAGACAGCACCUACGGCAAGAGCACCAAGGGCAAGAUGGGUCCGCCGGCGUCUGUCAGGGGCCGCGGUUCGAAGAAGACCAACGACCCGGAUGCCGAUCAGAGCAAAUGGAUACACCGCGACAAGCUGAAGGAGAUUGAGAUCAGGGAAAUGGAGGAGGCUGGGUUCAGAGUGGGGCGCACCAGCCGGUCUAACAGCCGGUCACAGAGCGCCUCCCGACGGACUCGAGCUCGUACCAACUCUGAGCUGGCAGGCGAAGAUCUUUACGGAAGACCCGUGCUACCUGCCGACGACGACGAAGCUAUGGAGGACCAAAGGUACCACGCAUGGAGUCCAGCCAGUAGCGAAGACCCAGCACCCGAGAUGCAGCCACCAUCAUCGAGGACGAACCACACUGUGAGACCUAGCACCUCUCGCAUUCCCCUCCCCAAGACAAGUGGCAUACCUGUGCCCGCAUCACUCGCAGACCGCGAUGCGCCCCUGCCGAGGUCACAAUCAGGCGGCACCAACUGGAGUGGAGACAUUGCUGCCGCUGGCGCGCGAGUACGAAGUGGAAGUAUAGGAAGCCAGGUGCUUCUGGACGACAUCCUCGACGAGAAGAAACGUGGCCACACCCGCAACAACUCUUCUUCGGCUAGCGGAUCAUCUAUGAAGCAACCUCCGAAAUCAGGGCCUAGGGCAAAGGCUACUGGCAAGACGGCUGCGGGCGCGAGAAAGACCAGCACCACGACACGAGCCACGGGUAAGACCAGGCAGACCUCAGGAAACAAAGGCAACGGUGCUGCUUCUCGCCCGACCACCGGCCAUCGGCCUGAGGGAGAGGCACCCUGGAUUGCGACCAUGUACAAGCCCGACCCGCGCCUCCCGCCCGACCAGCAGAUCAUUCCCACACACGCCAAGCGUAUGCAGCAAGAGCAGUGGGAGAGUGAGGGCCGCGUCGGCUCCAUGUAUGACACAGACUUCCGGCUGCUCAACACCGAAGAGAUGGGAGUCCAGCGUCUGUCGCAGAUCGACCCCGUUGCACUGGAGAAAGAGAGGGAGAGUGGGCAGUGGCCGCUCUCUAGCCAAGACACGAAGCCCUCACACCUGGAAGACAAGCCUGCGCCUGCGCCCGCCCCCGACCGGUCUCCAGCAGUCGAACAGCCUCAGUUCAAACUCACGCCCACGAUACCACAAAGCCCCCGUGUGCCAUCGCCCCAGCCUCCUUCCAUCAAGCAAGGAUCGAAUGAUGAGAAGCCCAAGAUAACCCGAGUCCGAGAGCCCACGGAAGAGAUUCCCGAAAAGAAGGGCAAAUGUUGCAUCGUCAUGUAGCACCGUUCUUGCGUAUACCCAUUUCUUUGCAUUUUCAAGACAUACUGCCAAAUCGUUUCCUUCAUGUACAUGGCGUUUGAGCCCGGGGUGGUUUGCCCUUGCCUUCUCUUCCACCUUUGACAUCGAGUUG